AUCCCUGAAACAAACCGAGUGACAAGACUAUAAAUGUAGCAACAAUGUACGUGCUGGCAAGAAACACCACAAAAUCUUAACGAAAGUGAAAAGAAAAUGAAUCUCAUUCUUGUGACAUUCACCUGACAUUAAUACUAACAUUCAAUAUUUACACUUUAAUACACUUGCGCGUAUGCUCAUAAAUACAGUGUACGAAGUUGGUCACAUGUAAACAAAGGUAAAACACACACACACACACACAACCAGCUAACUGAUAUCAUUAUUGUACAUAUGCGUAAAAACAUUACCCCUACCAUCCUAUAAGCGGUUUGUAGAGAUAAAUGUUUAGACUGAGGUCUAUACCCUGUUGAACAAAAGAGAUUAUACUAGAUUCUAAUCGGAUAGUGUAGUCCAUCUGUUUCGUAUGUCUAUACAAAUAAACAAGUAAUAUUAUGAUAGUACUUAUGAAUAAAAUGUUAUAAUGUUAUGUACCUUCAAAGCUGUUAUGCGCGACAAAAAAUAUAAAUCCCACAAUGUAAAAUAAUCAAGAAACAAUAAAAAAUAUAUUGCGUUUAAAUUGAGCGUAAGAAAAACUCUGUGUGUGUGUGUUUGUGUGUUAAAACAUCGUGGUAAUCCUUCGAUAUAGGUACACGACGUCAUUCACCCACAUAACUUUCCGUCAUGACAGAUAAAAAGUCUAAGCUGAAAAAGAGUGAAUGACCGUCAUCUCCUCACACCGACACUCUGUAGGCCAAUAUCGAAGGAAUGCCUUGAUAAUUAAUGCUGUUGUAACAUUUGUGACAUAUAUAAAUUUUAAUUGCCAAUUUAAUUACAAAAUCUUUUAUGAACUUGGAGCGAUUCAAUAUUAUCACGUGGUAAUGUUGAUAUCACUGCUACUGCUUAAAAACCAGAGAAAUCUGUGACGCUGGUCAAUUGAUGUCAUACAGUACAGCACUGAAAAAUAUUUUUACAACAGGUUGGAUGUAUUUCGCUACCUAACCCUACGACAACUCGAAGAUGGCCACAGAAAAGGAGACGUCAGUAAACUCUGCCCUAAAUGGCCAUUCAACAAGCACCAAUAACCAGACUCAAGAUGACGGCAUGCCCUUUAUCAGAAAACUUACCUUUGGUUGUGGGCAUGUAUUUAAUGAUUUGGCUGCAUCCAUGUGGUUCUCUUAUUUAUUAAUUUACUUCAACAAAGUACUGAACUUUAAUAGUGUUUUGGCUGGCUAUCUCAUGCUUGCAGGACAGAUCUGUGAUGGACUAUCCACAACUUUUGUCGGAAUUGAAUCUGAUCGAAUAAAUGGAUGUUGUUUUUUAGGUAAAAGGAAAUCCUGGCAUCUAGUAGGUACUUUCUGUGUUCUUUUGAGCUUUCCUUUUAUCUUCAAUCCCUGCAUUACUUGUGAAAAUGAGCCAGAUUCCAUACAACUAAUAUACUACAUAUCCUUCAUCCUGGUAUUUCAAUUUGGUUGGGCAAAUGUUCAGAUUUCCCAUCUGUCUCUCAUCCCAGAAUUGACCAGAAACAAACAUGAACGUGUGUCACUGAACAGUAUACGUUAUGCUUUUACAGUGCUAUCAAAUUUAGCAGUAUAUAUUAUAUUUUGGAUAAUAUUUAAUAUGAAUGUUGGUGAGAAGUUAGGAAGAAAAGAUAGUGGCAAGUUUGAGCUACUUGUAUUUAUAGUGACUGGAAUUGGAGUAUUUUUCUCCUUUAUAUUUCAUACUUUCUCCCCAGAGAAAAUGUACUCCACACCAGCUGUAACAGAAAGCCAGGAAAAAGACGGUUUAUUGUCAUGCACUCGAAGUAUAAUGACAUGGAAAGACUGGUGGUAUGAACCACAGUUUUACAUGAUUGGAGUCAUUUACAUGGGGACUCGACUAUUUUUAAACAUUUCCCAGAUAUAUUUACCCCUCUAUGUUCUCGACACUAUCCAACUAAAUAAGAAAUAUAUAGCCAUUGUUCCUCUUGUGGUUUAUAUAUUCAGUUUUUUAACCACAUUAAUUAUGAAGCUGGUCAAUUCAACUAUAGGAGCAAAGCUGACAUUUGUCAUUGGACUUAUCAUAUCACUGAGCUUCAGUAUCUGGAUUUUAUUUAUUCCAAUUAAUUCAAUGCAAGUUUUUGGUGCUGCUGCUUUUAAUGGUAUUGGAGGUUCAAUUAUACUUAUAACUUCUCUCUCUCUUACGACUGAAUUGAUUGCAACAAAUACAGAAUCUGCUGCCUUUGUUUAUGGAUCCUUAAGCCUAAUAGAUAAAUGUGCCAAUGGUAUUGCAGUGGUUGUUAUCCAACAUUUACUUGCUAUGAAUACAGGAAAUUGUUGCGGAGAUUGUUUGUGUGAUAAUCGACUGAUCUUGUUUGUUGUUCCUGGUGGAGCUGCAAUAAUUGCCUUCAUUUUCCUCUGUUUACUUGGACCACAAAAGAUUGGAGUUCGGAAACGCACAACAUGAAAACAGGAGUUAUUUAGAUGAAAGUUUUAUGUACCUUACACACAAAAUACACCAACUGAAUCAAGUAAUCCAAUCAAUAACCAGCAAGUCGAUGUAUGAAGGAAGACACAAUGUUUAAAGAAAAUAUAAACGAAUGAGACUUAUAUUUAAUACUUGGAGGGAUUGGCAAAGGUACGGGGAAUGUAACAACAACAACAAAAGAAAGUAUAUAAUUCAAGAUUGCAACAGAUUCAGUUGAUUUUUAAAGUUUUACAAUGGAAUAAUCUAUACAUUACUCAGUCAUUGAUAUUAUAAUCCAAUUAUAUUUAUCUUUGACAAAAAUUAUUUGUGUAUAUAUAUAAAUAGGUUGUGUGUAUGCAUGUGAUAUUGAGUGUGUGUAUAUGUAUGUGUGAGAGUGAGUGUGUGUAUGUGUGUAUUUAAUGGCAGUUGGGCUCUAUUUUAUCUAGGGUUUUAAAUUAUUGGUGAAUUUACAUUUUUUAUGACUGCUAUAUCCUUCAUGUGUAUGUGUGUGUGUGUGCACGCAUGUGCACGCAUGUGCAUUUGUGUGUUUAUUGUAUAUAAUAUUUGUAUUACACCUUUCAGUAUGUCUGCGAAGGAUAAACUUACUCUAAUAAUUUAAACCUUUCAUAUUGGAGUGGGACCUAAAUAUAAAGCAAAUUCCGAGCCACUUACCAAUCAUAUAUUUGUAUGAAGACCUUAUUCUGCUGCCCUGCAAUUCAAAUCAUCCCUGUUUAUACUAUAAAAAGAUAAUUCUUAAAAGAUUGGCUUUCAUUGUAUUUUAAUAUGUUGGUAAUGAUUUUCUGAUUAUUAAUGACUACUCCAGAGUGAUGGUAAACUGAGCCAAAAACUUGCAAUCUGGAUUGCUAACUGAAGUAUGGUCUUUGGAGAAACAUUGCCUAUUUCUUUUUAGCUGUAAAUUUGAGUUAUGGUACUCAAUGAUGCUAUGAGAAAACCAACUGGAAUCAGUUUACAAAACUAUUUGUGAAGUUCUCAACUAAUUUCUAUUGUGUUUUCUUUUGAUAUAUAUCAUUCCAAUAUUUCUGUAUAUAGUGAGUAAGACACUGUACUUUUAUAAUAAAGUUUGGGUUUUUUUUUUUUUGCAUGGGGUAGGAAGGUGGGGUUGUCUGACAUAUCCAAAGAAAACUUUCAGCUGACCAGUCAAAAACUUGUACUUGUUUUGUAUGUUUGUUGUCAUUGAAUAUUACUAUUAUUAUUAUUAUUAUUAUUAUUAUUAUUAUUAUUAUUAUUAUUAUUAUUUUUAAAUCAGGCUUUGUUGGAACUCCUGGAAUUUUGCAUGAAUAGUGGGCUUGCUAUCUGCAGCCUACAAUACCAUGCUAUCUGUUCUUUUCAACUAUCUAAAACUUUCCUGAUUAUUCUGACACUCUAUACUGGGCACUUUAUUCCUAUUUCUUUUAUUUUCUUUUUGAUGCUUUCUGAUACUGUCCCUAAGAACCUAACAAUAAUUGGCACUCUCUUCAGUUUCUUCAUUCUCCAUAGCCAGACUAUUUCAUAUUUAAGAGGAUUGUAUGUGCCUGUUUUUUCACCUUCUUUCUUAACUAUUUGUGGAUCAAAGGGGCACACAACAUCAUUUAUAUAACACAUGGGAUUUACCUUGUCCACCACCACUAAGUCAGGCUUGUUGUGCUCAAGCACCUGAUUUGUUUGGAUUGGGAAAUCCCCCAGGACUUUGCAGGUUUCCAACUUCACCACUCUCUGCAGUUUGUACUCAUACCAUGUCUUGUGUCUCUCUAGACCCCAGUUUAUAAUGUAGCACCUUUGCUACCAUAUCAUGUCACCACAACUUAUAAUGGUUUUAGGCAAAUCUAUUAUUUGGUUUGGCUCAGGUUCAGUCUUACUUCUGGUAGGAUAUAUGUGGGUAGCAGGUUACUACCUGUAACCUUAAGUAUCCACUAAUUUUCAGUAGUCUUUCAAGUGUUUAGAACCCUCGUGAUAAUCCUUGCUGUCCCUAAGAGACAAACUUUCUGUAGGAGUUCUACAGAGCGUUUUAUUAUUAUUAUUAUUGUUAUUGUUAUUAUUAAAGUGGCAAGCUGGUUGAAUCAUUAGCACACCAGGCAAGGUACUUAGCAGCAUUUUGUCUGUCUUUACAUUCUGAGUUCAAAUUUCACUGAGGUCAACUUUGCCUUUCAACAUUUUGGGGGUCGAUAAAUUAAGUACCAGUGAAACACUAGGGUUAAGGUAAUUGACUAGUCCCCUCUUCAAAAAUUUCAGGCCUUGAGCCUAUAAUAGAAAGGGUUAUUAUUAUUAUUAUUAGGACAAAGUUGGCAAGAUGGCAGAAUUGUUUGCGCACUGGGUAAAAUGCUUUAUGAUAUUUCAUCCAGCUUCAUGUUCUGAGUUCAAAUUCCACCAAGGUCAACUUUGCCUUUCAUCCUUUCAGGAUUGAUCAAAUAAGUUCCAGUUGAGUACUGGGGUCGAUGUAAUCGACUUAACCCUUCCCUCAAAACUGCUGGCCAUGUGCUAAAAUUUGAAAUUAUUAUUAUUACUAUUAGGACAGUAGGCUAGCAGACUCAUUAGCAAGCUGGACAAAAUACUUAGUGGUAUUUCAUUCAUCUUUUAUGUUCUGAGUUCAAAUUCCACUGAGGUUGACUUUGCCUUUCAUCCUUUCAGGGUCAAUGAAAUAAGUAUCAGUUUUGCACUGGAGUCAAUGUAAUCAACUAACCCUCUUCCACCCCACUUGCCAAAUUUCAAGCCUUAUACUUAUAGUAGAAAGGAUUAUUAUUAUUAAGUGAAGUGGCAGGCUGGCAGAAUCAUUAUCAUGCCGGACAAAAUGCUUAGCAGCAUUUCAUCCCUUCUUUACAUUCUGAGUUCAAAUUCUCUCAAUACCUUCUGAUAUUAUCCCCAAGGUCCCAACAAUAAUUAGCACUAUCUUCACCUUUUUCAUUUUCCACAGUCAAGCUAAGAAGGUCGUAAAUGUCUAUUUUUCGCUUUCCUUAAUUAUUCAUGGGUCAAAAGGGCACACAGCAAUCAGUUAUAGAGCACAUGUGGUUCACCUUGUCUGCCACCACUAGGUCCAGCUUGUGCUCAAGCACCUGAUCCAUUUAGAUUGAGAAAUCCCAUAGCAUUUUGCAAGACUCUGAGGCAGCCACUUUCUAUAAGUUGUGUUCAUACCAUAUCUUGCUUCUCUCUAGCCCUCACUUCUCUCACAGUUUUCAAUGCUGCUCUUUUAUUUGCUACCUCAUCAUGUCUCCACAAUGUUCUGGACAAGAACCAAAAUUGGUAAUGGCUUUGUUAAGUCCAUUAUGAAUUCUGCACAAUGGAGACACUCAUUUCUUUAGGUUGACCCUCCAAUUUGUGGCUUAAGUCUGAUCUUGCACUGCUAGUAUAGUGCUGUGAGUCUCCUUUCUUCUUCUUCUUAUUAUUAUUAUUAUUAUCAUUAUUAUUACUAUUAUUUCGUCCGUCUUUACAUUCUGAAUUUAAAUUCUGCCACAAUCAACUUUGCUUUUCAUCCUUUCAGGCCUGAUAAAAUAAGCACCAGUUGAGUGAAUUACCCACUCACUCAAAGUUGCUGGCCUUGUGCCAAAAUUUGAAACUAUUAUUAUUAUUAUUAUUAUUAUUAUUUUGGUUUGGCUCAGGUUCAGUCUUAUUCGUGGUACGAUUUAUGUGGGUGGUGGGCUACUACCUGUAACCUUAGGUAUCCACAAGUUUUCAGCUGUCUUUCAAGUGGUUAGAAUCCUCCUGACAAUCCUUGCUAUCCCUAAGAGACAAACUUUCUCUAGGAGCUCUACCAGGCAUUCUAUUCGAAUUUCCUUUUCUAUCAUCAUCAUUGUGAUUAUUAUUAUUAACGCAGUUUAAUUGCUUAAUAUUCUUCUAGUCCCCAUUUCAAAUUUCACCAUUGUUCCUCUCUUUAGGAACAUCUCCAUUCAUAUUUCUACAUCUCCAUUUCAUAUUUCAUCAUUUUUCCACAUGCAUCGAUAAAACAAGUGCUUAUCAUAUACUAGGGGUCAAUUUUAACUGCUGCUUCUUAUUAAAUUGUAUGGCCUUAUGCCAAAGUAAGAAAAUUUUAUAAGUGAACACUGGGUUUUGGUUAGUUAUUGACAACUAGAUUUUAGUUCUUAGAAUCUUCCUGAAGCAUUAAUGCAAUGUUAAUGUUCUAUUCCUGUAUAAGUCUUAGUUAUAAGCAAUGUUAAAUAACAAAAAUCUCUUAUUUUUUACAAGGCAAAGAUGAUUAGUGAGUCAGUCUUAUUUGAACAGAUGUCUAGUUCAUAAAAUGUUUACCAUAGGUGACAUCAAAGUCUUGUAUGUCAAACAGUAAAACAUACAUUUUUACUUAAUAAUAUAAGAUAUUCAGUCUAUUAUUCUGCAAACUUACCACCAGAAGACACAUAAGUUAAAUAUUUUACAGGUUUCAAAAGUUCAAUGUUUCGUGGCUCUGAGCUUAAAUCCUAGUACAGUUCAACUUCACUUUUCAUUCUUAUGCUGUCAAAUUUAAAGAACCGGUAUCAAUGAAAUUUACUCUCAAGUUUUUCUUCUGGCACGAUUAGGGUUUUGCCUAAUAAAAAGAAAAUAUUUUAUAAAAUAUUUUGAAACUUCACUAAAGCUAACUUAAGAUAUAUAUAUAUAUUUAUAAUAAUAUGUAAUUGUAAGAUCCAAGGUUCUGGGUGUAGGAAGUUAAUAAGCUUCGAGCAAUCCAUGGUAGGUAUAAAAAACAACUUUCAGGAACAAUAAUAGUUUAUUGGUCUAGAAAGUUGUAGGCUAGGCUUUUCCCAUGCCAAAGUUCAAUAAGCUGAAAAAAGUUUUUUUAUAGUCUAUGGCUAGCAACUAGGGUAGCUGUGAAUGCGACUCAAAGUAUAUAUAUAUAUAUAUAUAUAUAUAUAUAUAUAUAUACACACACACACACAUACACUGUCUCUCUCUCUCCCUCUCCAUCUCUCUCUCAGAGAUCUAGUAUUAUAUUAGAUCUCUGUAAGAGACUGCAAAAAAAUGUUCCUUUGAUGAUCCAUUGCAGUUGGAAUAUCCAAUGCUGAGUUCCAAAUAACUGCAACAGGGAACCAUAUGUAGGAACUAAACAUUUAUACCUGUGUUUAUCUUAAUUUUUCAAUAUAUAAAGGUUGUGUUAUAUUUUAGGUCAUCAACUCUUUCUCUUUGUCACUAGUCACUACCAUUUACCAUUCCAAAACUUUUGUGUUGGUUAAUGUUGGGAAUGUCUUUCCAGUACAACUCUUGUUGACAACUAAUAUGAUAUCUCAAUUGCUAUUUCAUUUAUCUCAUACAAGUGUGAUAAACAGGCAAUUGCUCUGUUUUCUUUUUGAACAUCAAUAGCUAUAAAAGGUUGAUAGGUCCUAUUGGACAUUAAGAAAUACAUAUUUUUUUAACCAUUUUUUGUUAAUGAAAGAAAAGGGCUGCAAUACAACAUAUAUACACAAUUUGUAUGAAUACAUAUUUUUAUUGACUGAUUUUCAUUUAUUUGUCAAUUUCAAAAAAAUAUUAAUUUUUCAAAUUAUUCUUGUCUCUGUGUUUUUACUGUGAAUUUCUGAAUUUAUUUUCUUGUUUCAUCACAUCUAUUGGCAACCUCUACAGCUACUUCUGUUAAUUGUAAUUGCUCUACAGACUAAUGUGAGAUGUAUAUUGUGUUCUACAGACAAGGCAAAUGAAAGUGGUACAUAAGGAGAUAAAGUAGCUUGUCUUGUUUCUGUAUUACACAUAUAUUAAUCCAUCUUAAUUUGAGCUGUGACAAGUGUAACAACAGCUAUUUACAGUUUGCAUAAUUAAACAUGUUGAAGUGUUAGCAAAUUUACAUACUUCGUGAAAAUUUGUGUAUCCUUCAGAUACACAGAUUUUUCAUGUGGGUUGAACUUGAAUAUAAGUGUUUUUGAGUAGACACAGCUCAGAAACAGUGGAAAGAGAAUUAUUCCAUCUUGUCAGUUACGACAAAGACAAUUAUAUUCUUGUUUAAACUGUUUCAGAUUAACCUCUAGUAGUGUUUUCCAACCAUAACCAACUGCACCAAUCUGCUUUCAACAUGAUAUGGGUAGAAGAAAAUUAGGAGUGAUAUACAGAAGCUGACCAACCCAGUACAUCUAAAAUCUGUGAAGACAAAAUUUUAAAAUUUUUGAAGAAAUCUAAAUACAUCAGGAAUGAUUUUAUUUGAAAUUGGCUUCUGGCUUUGAUUUCACUGUACUAGGAUGGCUAUAUAUUUUUUAACAUGCAUCCUGGACAGGAAAGAAUCUCAGUUUACAUAUCUAAAAAAAAAUAUAUAUAUAUAUACCUUUUAUGAGAAUAAUGAUUAUCCUCAGUGUACUUUGUUAAACUACUUAUAAAAAAAAAUUUAUAAAAAUUCUAAUGGUUAAAAUCAUAAUGUAUACAAAUAUGCAACUUAACAUUGGCACUGUACAAAAACUAUAGGUUUAUGAAAACUUUUAGAAACAAAAUUUAAAUUGAAGCUGUACUUUCUAUAGGCUAAAAGGUUUACAGAAAGACCACCCCAAGCCUUGUUAAUGAAACUGAAUAGAUUGAAACUACAGAAGCUGCCUAUAUUUCUAAUUUUAAAGAGUCAAGCCUUGUGACACUGAGUCUAUCCAAAGAUUGCAUUAAGAGUGUCAGUGCCUAUGAAAUACUUGGCCAUUUUCUUUAUAAUACAAUUAUAAUACUUGACAAAAGUGAGUCCAUUGUAUAUAUGCUGUCUCUAACAAUCAUAACUGCCUUCAUAGUUAUUUUAUGCCACCCUUCAGAUAUUCUUUUGAUGGGCUAUGGAUGAACUUAUCAUUAAUGCAAACAAGUGCUAGUGCCAGGCCUGGACAGUGGGUGGGUGAGGAGAAGCUGGAUAUAACAUGUGUGACAAAAGGAGGAAAGACAAAUGAACAGAGAUGGCAUGAGACCAACCAGCUUCAAGGAACAAAAGCCAUUGUUGUGGCAGCAGAAAAGACAGCAAGGAGAUAGCUUAUCUGUGGGUCAGAGACUGAAGUAUGUCUAAGGAUUUCAUGCCAAGUAGUCAUGUGUUUUUCUGGAUGAGGUUUAGAAUAUCUGUGUGUGAAUAACAGCAACACUUUCCCAGAUUUAAGGGUAAUACUCCAUUGUGAUCUUACCUGGGCUUUGUAGAGGUAUAGUAGUUGAAAGGAACUGACGAAUUUUUCGCCUCUGUAGAAAAAAGUUGGUCUUUAAGAUGCAACUUUUGAAAUGUUAAAGAUGUGUAUUUGCCAGGAAAGAUCAUCAGGGACAGUAAGGCCAUUUAAAGGAAUAGUUGCAUGGUGUUCAUGUUUAACAGAUGAAAGUUACAAUAUUUUCUGUGUAAAACAUAGACUGAGGUAUGAGGAGAUGAGAGUGUCAAAUGUGAAAUUUUGUGAAUACUGAAGAAAAAUAGGUUGGUUGUAAUCCAUUAAAUGUGUAACAUUAACUUAUACAAAAGGUGGACUGGAAUCAGAGUCCACAUGUAAAAUAUAUGACAGCUGCCAAAUAAAAUUGAAGAAGUCAUCAUUAUGAUUUUGUACCAGGUUGGAAAGCUGACAUGUUUUGGACAAGUCACAUCUUAUUCAGAUUAACUGCUUUCCUAAAUGGAUCAGAAGACUACAUCUCAUUUAUAUGUAUCACUUUUGGUAUGGUUUAUCAAUGCUACUUGUGCUAAUGAGGUCACUUUGUACCCUGCAAGAAUAAAAAAGUCUUACUAUU